CUCCGAGCCGGAGGCUGAACCGACACCCGAACAUGUGGGCUACCCGCUGCCGUUUCAGCCGAGUCAGAGCUCCAGCUGCGAGGUGAUGGCAAGGACAGGUAGCUAGUGGCCAACAACCAACCGGGUGCUACGCUUGUUAUCUCUGAGGCCGUCUGUGCUCCGCCCCCUCACCUGUCCGGUUCCGCUGGAGAACCAGAACCCGUUUGGCUUCAUCACCGCACCGCUGCUAAUUCAGCUAACGUCGGCUAACCAGCUGCAGGCUCCUGAAAAUGGCCACUGUUCCGAUUCCUGCCGGUACCAGUGCAGUUUUACUGGAUAUUGAAGGCACCACCACGCCGAUCACGUUUGUAAAGGAUACCUUAUUUCCAUACAUCAGGGAGCAUCUUGAGGAUUACCUGUCCACUCACUGGGAAGAAGACGAGUGCAAAGAGGAUGUUCAUCUCCUAAAGAAACAGAUUGAAGAGGACAUGAAACAGAACCGGGCGUGUCCCGUCCACGCCGUGGACCAGACGGUUCACACGGAUGAGGAGAAGGCCAUUAGAGAAGUGGUGGAGAAUGUGCUUUGGCAGAUGGCAGCAGACAGGAAGUCGACAGCACUCAAACAGCUCCAAGGUCACAUGUGGAGGGCGGCGUACGCUUCAGGGAGAAUCAAAGGCGAGAUCUAUCAGGAUGUAGUUCCAUCCAUCAAGAGAUGGAGAGGACAGGGCCUGAAAGUCUACAUUUACUCCUCUGGAAGUGUGGAGGCACAGAAACUUCUGUUUGGAUACUCUGUAGAAGGAGACGUUUUAGAUUUGUUUGAUGGACACUUUGACACCAGUAUAGGAGCUAAAGUAGAUGGAAAAAGCUAUGAGAGAAUUGCGGAGAGGAUUGGCUGUCAGCCUGAGGAAGUCACGUUCUUGACGGACGUCACUCGAGAGGCUAAAGCAGCUGAAGAGGCCGGGGUGAACGUGUUGGUGGUGGUCAGGCCUGGAAACAUGGAGCUGACGGAUGAGGAGCGAGCUCACUAUAACCUCAUUACAUCCUUUAACCAACUUGAACUGACGGGACGAGCUUAACACGGAGCGCGGAGGAAGACGACGAGGAGAACUUCUCUGACUUCAUGUCAUCAUGACCUUUUCCGUCUCUUCUUCACCCAUUCCCGAACCCCACUAAACCCCACCCCCAGCCACAUGUUUCCACCGGGGCUUCAGUUAGCUGCCCGCAGUCCCUUCCUCCAUGAAGUCCACCUUUCCAGUUCUUUCAGGAUACUUAAGCAUAUAUAUGGAAACACAUCUACGGAGCGUAACAGGAGCUGAAAUGGAAAAUCGAUGGACUUUUUGAUUGACUGAAAAGACAACGGAAACGCUGUAGCUAACAGUUGCCGCACAUGAGCUGUGAGGUUAUCUCACCUUUUUACCUUUUAGAUGAGCUAGUCCUGAACCUCUUCAGUGUUAAUCAGAACUUUCCAACUGUGUGUGAGUGUAUUUUGUAAACAUUUUCCACUCGUUUCCUCCCUCUACACGUACAGAUGUGUUGCAGAUGUAUGACGUUUUAUCCAGUAACAGAACUGUAAUGUUUUAGAAAGUAGGACGACAGUAGAGAUACGCUCAGAAGAGCCGCCGCCGCCGACAGGAAGUUCUCAUUUCAAAGUGUGUUCCAAUGUCUUUAGUUAAUCCCCUCACAGGUGAAUGGUGUCUAUUUAAAUGUGCCAUCCUCGUGGUUCAUAUGUAACGUGGGUCCUUGGAAAGUUACCUAAAAAUUGCCAAAUUGAUUAUUUAUGUGGGAAACAUAAUUGGUAUUGUUCAGGAAACUUACUUCCAAUAAAAAUGCCUUGUCUCACA